UGGGAAGCUCGGAUGGAAACGGAGACCAGUAGAAAGUGAUGGAAAACAUUCCUUUGUAUGGGUUUUUGGGUUUGUAUAAAACCCCAUUUUUUCACAUUCAUCUUUUCAGCUGUUCGUCUCUUCUCUCCCUCUCCUCCCCUUCUCUUUCCCUGGACUCUGGAUCCGCCAGUUCACUGACCCGGAACUACACCCGCUUCCGCGAUGGGUUGUGUCAGCUCCAAACAGGCGGUGUCUGUCACGCCCGCAAUUGACCAGUCGGGUGGAUACAACUCGGGUCGGAUUCGGGUGGGACUGGAGAAUGACAAGGCCAGCCACAAGAGUUAUGGGAACAGCAACCACAACAAGAAUGGGGAGUUGAGUUGUGGAAGCGAGUUGGGUGAGUCUGGGAGAGAGAGUUCUAAUAGUGAAUCGGUGAGCUUUCGGUUGCGGAAUUUGCAAAAGUAUAUUGAAGGUGAACAAGUGGCCGCUGGAUGGCCCGCCUGGCUUAGUGCCGUCGCCGGCGAAGCUAUUAGGGGAUGGGUACCGCUUAAAGCCGAUGCGUAUGAGAAAUUGGAGAAGAUAGGACAAGGUACAUACAGCAGUGUGUUUCGAGCUCGUGAGCUGGAAACUGGGAGGAUAGUUGCUUUGAAGAAGGUUCGCUUUGAUAAUUUUGAGCCUGAGAGUGUCCGUUUCAUGGCAAGAGAGAUAUUGAUUCUCCGCAGGCUCAACCAUCCCAAUGUCAUGAAAUUGGAUGGAUUAAUUACUUCCCGUUUAUCAUGUAGCAUUUACCUGGUCUUCGAGUACAUGGAGCAUGACAUCACUGGCCUCUUGUCUUGCCCUGAUGUCAGGUUCAGUGGAUCACAGAUUAAAUGCUACAUGAAGCAAUUACUAUCUGGACUGGAGCACUGUCACUCAAAGGGUGUAAUGCAUCGAGACAUCAAAGGAUCCAAUCUUCUUGUAAACAAUGAAGGAAUACUGAAAGUGGGAGAUUUUGGAUUGGCAAACUUCUGCAAUGCUGGGCACAGGCAACCUUUAACCAGUCGUGUUGUAACUUUAUGGUACCGUCCUCCAGAACUUUUACUAGGUUCCACUGAUUAUGGAGCGUCUGUGGAUCUGUGGAGUGUUGGCUGUGUAUUUGCAGAACUUCUCCUUGGAAAACCUGUUCUUCAAGGGAGAACAGAGGUUGAACAAUUACACAAAAUUUUCAAGCUUUGUGGGUCCCCACCGGAUGAAUAUUGGAAAAAAUCCAAACUUCCUCACGCAACUUUGUUCAAACCACAACAACCUUAUGAUAGCUGUCUCCAUGAGACCUUUAAAGAUUUGCCAACAACUGCUGUGAACCUGAUAGAAACACUUCUGUCUGUAGAGCCAUACAAGCGUGGGACUGCCACCUCUGCUCUAGCAUCUGAGUAUUUCACAACAAAACCUUAUGCAUGUGAGCCAUCAAGCUUGCCAAAAUAUCCACCCAGCAAAGAGAUUGAUGCGAAAAACCGUGAGGAGGCAAGGAGGAGAAAGAUCAGCGGAAGAAUUCGUGGUGCUGAAACGAGAAAGCCAACAAGAAUGCCUUGUGGAAUCAGUAAACUUGUACCAGCAGAGGAUGCAGCAACUCGAGUGCAAUGUGCUCAAAAUAAUACUGGCAAUAAUAAGUGUAUUCCUAAAGGAGGAGAUGGCAGGUCUGGUGGAGAGGCACGGAAGCCAUCUUUUGACAAAUUGGAAGAGAUUUUCCACAUAAAGAAUGCAUCCCAAGAAGACAUUCCCUUUUCUGGCCCAAUACAGGUUUCUAGUUCAAGUGGCUUUGCAUGGGCAAAGAGACAGAAGGAUGAUGCAUCAAUAAGAUCCCACAAUAGGUCUAUUUCAAGAGGUCACAGUAAUAAUGGAUUAGGAUUCUCUAAUGCAUUGCAAGAAAAGAACGGUUUUGAUUCAAGACAACAUGAUAAUGGAGAUGUUACAUAUGGCAUCCGAACCAAUUCUAGGGGUCAUGAUUCAUCUGAAAUUUCCAAGCGCACUUUGCAGAAACAGUGGAGUCAAUUUGAAAGGCCGGAUUCCUUUGAUGCUUCUGAAGGAUACCAUUCACAAGAACUGUCAUUGGCACUUUAUCAAAGAGAGGAAAUGGAAGCAAAGAGAAAUAAUUUGGGUUUUCGGGAUCAAGGAGACAAGGUUGAUUUUUCUGGACCAUUGCUAACCCAAUCAAAUAGAGUGGAUGAGCUCCUAGAAAGACACGAACGCCACAUUCGGCAGGCUGUUCGAAAGUCAUGGUUUCAAAGAGGUAAGAAGCAUGGGAAGUGAGCAUAACCAGAUGUAUUGGCUUCAUAGAGUCCUUUUUAGGGCAGCUGCAUUUCUCUCUUCUUUAAGUGGAGAACUGAUGGAACCUCAUAUGAAUGAUCAGUUAUCUAAAAUCUCAGCCCUCAGGAGCAAGGAUCAUGUCGACUCGUCCUUCCCACCAACUGGCCUGACAAACCAUCAGUGGAAGUAGAAUAUCCUUCACAAGACUGGUGAUCAAUGAAAUUUAGGGAGCAGUACAUACCAAAAAGCAAGAAAAAAGAGAUGAGGUAGCAAAGAGUGGUCCACAAUGAUAGAUAGACAGCUCUCCCUUAUUUCCUCCUACUCCAUGAGCAUUACUUUAUUUGUUUUAAGGUUUGUUCCAUUUUCUAUUAUUUAUCUCCUUCCUUUUUUGUUCUCAUUUCCACUGCCACUUUCUUUUUUCUUUCCCCCUUUCAGUGAGGUUACUUGUAUUUUUGCAGGAUUUAUCAAAAUCCUCUGCUGUGUAUAUACCAUAUUUUUAGUCACGAUUUAUGACACUUAUGGCACCAGGCGCCUUUUUCUCCUA